AUGUUGAAUAAAGUACAGUUUAUCGAAUUGAACAACACUGAAGGAUUAUUGCAGGUUCCAGAACAUCUCAUAGGACAAGUCUCUAUGAUAUUAAAGGAUUAAUUUGGAUUUACAAUUGAAGAAAGAGUUAGAGCAAAAACUCCAUAAAAACAACAAGGAUUGAGAUAAUAAUUAAAUUUAAUUGUAUAAAUGAUAUUGUGUAGCUUCAAGAAAUAUUGCAAACUUAAUUAAUAAAAUACUAUUAAGUAACAAAUCGAAAAUAUCUAAUUGAAAAAACAAUUUUCUAAAAAGUUCAGCCUAUUUGAUCUACAUUAAUUAUUAUAUGAAAAUUAAUUUAGCUAAGAAUUUAGAGAUGAGUUUGAAAAUUACUUAAGCAAUGGUUCAGCUGAAAAAGAUCUGAUAGAAUCAAAAAAGAUAACAAAAGAUUUAAAAGGAGAACUAAAAAAAAUUAUAAGUGAAUUAUUAUUUGAAGUCUUAAAAAACAAUUCCAUUACAAGUUUAUUAAAGCCUCGAUUGAAUAUAAAAAGAAUUAGCAAUUGA